AUGAAUCAGCUUGUCGUUUUGAGUUGUUUGAUCGGUUUUGUGAUUUGCGGGCCGGGAUGGAACAAGAGUGGAAUGGGUGGAAUGGAUGGAAAAAGAGGAAAAGGACACAAAGGCAUGUUGCCAUUCCUUCAGAAUGCCACCGAUCAGCAGAAAAACGAUUUCAUGAACAUCGUGCGCAAUCAGACUUUAACUAAAGCCGAUAUCAAGACGCAAACCGAGCAAUGGGCUGCCAACAUUGGAGGAACCGUUCAAUCCUCGUUCACUGAAUUCGAGGCCAACAUGACCCGAUGGAAGCAAGAGUCUCGCCAAAACCAGACAAACAUUAUCAACCAAUUGCCCGCGCAACUCCAAACCCUGCAAGCAAUUCAAGAUGAUAUGUCGCUCACAAAAGCUCAAGAAAGAGACCAAAUUAUGCAAUUCUUUGGUAACAUGACUGACCGCAAUUUGGCUCGAGCCGUUAAAUUCAUGUCAAUGGUUGGAAUGAGACCGAUGGGACCAAGGGGAUCACCAAUGAAAGGCGGAAAAGGAGAUAUGAAAUGGGGAAUGAUGAAUAAGAGAGGACCGAUGGGAAUGGAAAACAACGACAAGGAUGAGUCAGCCGAUCCAGAGUUC